GCAAUCAUGGCUUCCACUGUGAAGCUCAGGAAGGACAAAGUUGGCAUGGUGGACUAUGACACACAAAUUAAGGAAGUUCGCUGUCAGCUGGUGGACCAACUGAAAGUGAUGGACGUGCAGCUGGAGCAGAAAACCCAACAUCUCCACGACUUUUCCGAUUAUCUGCGGCGGCGAAGCGAGAUCGAGAGCGAGUACUCGCGAUCCCUGGAAAAACUUGCUGAACGGUUCACCAACAGGAUCAAGAGGAAAGAGGCGACCAAUCGUUCAGUUGCACAGAUGUGGUUGGCCUUGCUGUCACACACACGCCAGGAGAGUAAGGACCACAACCAGCUGAGUGACAACUGCUCCACUUUUCUUAUUCAGCCACUCUACCAUUGCCUGGAGUACACCCAGAGACUAGCCAAGAAGAGUAAAGAAAUCUGCACCCAGCUUCAGGAUGGCCUACUGAAGGUGACUACGGAGCUUCAGACUGCGUGGCGGACGUACUCCCAAUACCACGCCGACUACCUGUGUGCAGACGGGAAGUUAAAAGAAGCUGAGAAACAGGAGGAAAAGCAGAAGCAAAACGCCAAAAAACUGGAGAGGCUCAUUGAGAAGAGGCAAGGAAAAGUCCAAGAUAUUUACUUGAAGUGCAGCAAAGCCAGAAACGAUUACCUACUCAGCUUAGCUGCAGCUAACGCUUCCAUGAGCAAGUACUACCUCCAGGAUAUCUCCACUCUCAUUAAUUGCUCGGAUGCGGGCUACCACAUGUCUCUGAGCCGAGUGAUGCAAGCGUAUCUGUCCAGUCGGCGCCAGGUCCAGCAGAACUUGACAUCCGGGCUACUGAAUCUCCAGGGAUCGGUGUCCGGGCUCGACCAGGGCCGGGACCGAGAUGCCCUGCUGCAGGAACACCACGUCACCUUCUGUUUGCCCCUGCGCUUCCCCUACCAGCCCCACGAUGGUGACCAGCUUUCUGAGAUCAGUGCAGGGGGUGACAUGAGGUUUGAGUUGGAGACCAGAUUCAAACAAAUCCAGACCAGGCUCAGAGCAGUUGCGGAGGAAACGCAGGAGGCAAACAAGAGCAUGUCAGCAGCCCAGUCUUCCUUGCUGGAAGCUGUGUACGACUUGGAUUUGGAGCCUAAUAGCAGCCAGGAGGAUAGCACAGAAAACCUGUUGGCGCGGCCCAGUGUGGCUCGCCGCAGAGCAAACCAGCAAGAAAUGGAGAACCUAUACCUUACUAGAGUCAAAGAAUUCCUCAUUGGCACUUCUUUAGAGUCCAAGCUAAAGGCCAAACAUGACCUUCUUAAAGUGGCUGUGGAAAAAGGGCAAGAAUUAAAUAGACAUCGGCCAAAACACUACGGGAAGUCUGCACGUGUUCGAAAAAAUCCUUCCAGUGGCAACUUGUUACAUGACCAAAAACUUUUUACCGGUGACAUGUUAUCCUUCAUGCAGGCAUCAGGUCAACAGAUUCCACUCGUGGUAGAAAGUUGCAUUCGCUUCAUUAAUCUCAACGGACUCCACCAUGAAGGCAUUUUCAGGGUGUCGGGCUCUCAAAUGGAGGUCAACAAUUUGAGGGAUGCGUUUGAGCGAGGAGAAGACCCUCUAGCCGAGCACAAAUCCGACCUGGAUUCAGUUGCAUGUGUGCUCAAGUUGUAUUUCAGAGAUUUGAAGAAUCCCCUUUUCCCCAUAGACAGCCUCAGUCAGCUACUGGAAUACGUCUACAUUAAAAAUGAUGAUGAGAGAGCGGAACAGCUGAAAAGUGUCAUCUCGUCCUUCCCUGAGCCGCUCAUUAUUGUCAUGAGAUACCUCUUCGCUUUUCUUCAUCACGUAUCGCAGUACAGCGACGAGAACAUGAUGCAGCCAUACAACCUGGCCGUGUGCUUUGGUCCCAGCCUGGUCAGAGGGAGCCAGGAUCAGCACCAGGACCAGCAACGAGAACAGGAGGACGCAGUCACCCUGCAGCCACAGAUCAACGCAAUGGUGAAGAACUUCAUACUCCAGCACGAGAGCAUCUUUCCAGGGCAGAGGGAGGUAGGAGGUCCUGUGUACGAGAAGUGCAUGACGCUGGAACAAGAUGACUGUGAGCCUAACGUGGAGGAAGGUGACGGUGAUGCAGAGUACUGCACAAUUGAAGUGGAAGCGGGACACUUGGUCAGUCGCAGUAACUCUGCAACAGCAUGCAUGCGGAAGAAGAGCGAGGCUUCCAAAGCUGACAAAAGUGGAGUGGCGGACCACCGCAGAUCGGCGUCGGGACCCACUGCCUCCACCGUCACUUCGGGAGGGGCAAAGGUCAUCCUCCAGAUUCCAACUGGACCGCAAGGUCGGCCAAGGAGAAUCCACUCUCCUGGUUUUGCGCGCAGAGAACAGAUGAGCUCCACACCUGACGAAGUCAUCAAAGUAGACAAGGAGGUGUGUCGGCAGAUGGACUCUGUCUUCAAAGAACUCGUCUCUAAGCAUGCACUGCAAGAGUCCUCUACCACUUUUCCAGGCGGCCCAAAGGAAAGGAGAGUGUGA